AUGGAGUACAAGGGCUACCUGGUGUCUGUCGACGGCUACGUGAACAUGAAGCUUGCAAACACAGAAGAAUACAUAGAUGGUGCAUUGUCAAGACACCUUGAUCUGGUUGGCUGCAAGCUGGCAGAGAGCCUGAGCGACGCCUCCAACUCCGAUGAGGUCAUCCCAGCUCCCCUUUUUGGGUACUACAGGCAAGAUCUGCGCUGCCUCAGCAUUAAGGGUUCCCCGCCCGCGGCCCGAGAAGAAACCCGGAGAGAAACUUCAGCACCCGGACAGCUCCCAUCUAGACGCGGGGACAGCAGCACCGCCUCGCGGGUGUGUCGUGUCAAGCCAAGCCCGGCCCCGUACUGGAUAAAUGAAUACACCUCUACCUUGGGGAUUGGGGUCUUCCACUCCGGCAUCGAGAUCUACGGCAGAGAAUUUGCCUAUGGAGGGCAUCCUUAUCCUUUCAGUGGGAUUUUCGAGAUCACACCUGGCAGUGCGGUAGAGCUUGGCGAGACCUUUAAGUUCAAAGAGUCCGUUGCCUUGGGCACCACUGACUUCACAGAAGAGGAUGUGGAUAAGAUUAUGGAGGAGCUGGGCAAGGAGUACAAGGGCAAUGCAUACCAUCUUAUGCACAAGAACUGCAAUCACUUCUCCACCGCUCUAGCAGAGAUCCUGUGUGGGAAGGAGAUCCCCCGUUGGGUGAAUCGCCUAGCUUACUUCAGCUCGUGCAUCCCUUUCCUCCAAAGUUGCCUCCCCAAGGAGUGGCUGACCCCAGCAGCCUUGCAGAGCCACAUCAACCUCGGCCUCCACAAGGAAGAUCAGGAAGACACGACAGAUGAGGAGUCCCCAUCCACUUCUGCGGCUGCCUCAGCCUCAGGCACCUCGCGAACCUUUCUGUCAAGGCUGCCCCCCCUACAGCAUUCCUCCUGGACGUACCAAAUGAAGGAAGCAGAACCUCAGCUUGACUUUUUCAUCUCUAAGACCAGCAACAAGCUCCUACCAAUCUUCUUUUUUGUAAUUACCAGGUUUCUAAAUCAUUCGAAGGACAAGUGA